UGUAGAAGGAGUGAUUACCAACACAAUGCCUGUGUUACUUUUCCUGAUAGACACGUCCGCCUCCAUGAACCAGCGCUCCCAUCUAGGCACUAGCUAUCUGGACAUAGCGAAGGGCGCAGUUGAGACUUUCCUGAAGCUAAGGAGCAGAGAUCCGGCCAGCAGGGGAGACAGAUAUAUGUUAGUGAGUUUCGAGGAAGCACCGGCUGGAAUCAAGGCUGGAUGGAAGGACAGUCAUGCCACUUUUAUGACUGAGCUGAGGAACCUGCAAGCAGUUGGACUGACAUCGAUCGGCCAGUCUUUAAGGACCGCUUUUGAUUUGCUCAAUCUCAAUAGAUUAGUUUCGGGGAUAGACAACUAUGGACAGGGUAGGAACCCUUUUUUCUUGGAGCCUGCUAUCAUUGUGGCCAUAACGGAUGGCAGCAAGCUGACCAGCAGUUGUGGUGUACAAGACGAGUUACAUUUGCCCCUGACAACACCGUUACCUGGCAGUGAGCUGACCAAAGAGCCCUUCCGAUGGGACCAGCGACUCUUCUCUUUAAUACUCCGCAUUCCAGGCCACACCCCUCCUGGCCCUGAACCAAUGGGUGGAGUUCCACUUGACCCGUCCCCUAUUACACCCAUGUGCGAGGUCACUGGGGGCCGAUCAUACAGCGUAUUUUCCCAGAGAAUGCUAAACCAGUGUCUGGAGUCUCUGGUGCAGAAAAUCCAGAGUGGUGUGGUCAUAAAUUUUGAGAAGACUGGACCUGAUCCUCCACCUACUGAAGAUGGCCCAAUAGAAAUGAAGUAUGGACCUCAAUCAUGGCACAGCUGUCAUAAGAUGAUCUUUGUCCGACCCAACCCUAAAACUGGUGUUCCUGUUGGUCACUGGCCUAUCCCAGAGUCCUUUUGGCCUGACCAGAACUCUCCUACUUUGCCUCCACGUGCAGCUCACCCGCAGGUGAAGAUUUCAUGUGUUGAUUCAGAGCCCAUGGUGGUGGAUAAAGUGCCCUUUGACAAGUACGAGCUAGAGCCUUCUCCGCUCACUCAGUACAUACUGGAGAGGAAAUCACCGCACACCUGCUGGCAGGUUUUUGUGUGUAACAGUGCUAAAUAUGGAGAACUCGGGCAGCCGUUUGGUUAUCUGAAGGCCAGCACAGCUCUUAACUGUGUCAACCUGUUUGUCAUGCCCUAUAACUACCCUGUGGUGCUGCCUUUGCUUGAUGACUUGAUUACUGUGCAUAAGUUCAAGCCUCCAGCAAAGUGGCGACAAUCUUUUGAAAACUAUCUUAAAACAGUCCCUCCCUACUAUAUCACUGCCCUGCGGAAAGCACUAAGAAUGAUGGGAGCUCCAAACCUGUUGGCUGACAACAUGGAGUAUGGACUUAGCUAUAGUGUUGUGUCUCAUCUCAAAAAGCUCAGUCAGCAGGCAAAGAUAGAGGCAGACAGAGUUUGUGCAUUAGUAGGAAAAAAGGCGGCACUAGAAGGCGGGAUUAAACUUAGCUGCAGAAGCUCCGCCCUCUCUCUGGCACACAGGAAAGAUUUUACGCAGCUACUGCAAUGUAUCAUGGGAGAUGGACCAGCUCUGCCAAUGGAGACAAACACCAAGGAGUUUGCUGGCUUUCAACUAGCUGCUCUGAAUAAAGCAUUAAAACCACAAGGACUGCGGAACCCUUAUGAUAUCCCCAGAUCUCAUCUGCUGGACCAGCUGAGCCGCAUGAGGCGGAACCUUCUGCACGCCAGCAUCUGCAUUCUGAAAGGACAAGAUCAAGAUCAGAUGCAUAGUGUUCCUAUAGCUCAGAUGGGCAACUAUCAGGACUACUUGAAGCAUUGCCCAUCCCCUUUAAGAGAAGCGGAUCCCGAUCAGCCUAAACGUUUGCACACCUUUGGUAACCCCUUCAAAUUGGACAAGAAGGCGAUGAUGGUAGAUGAGGCAGAUGAAUUUGUUACUGGCACUCAAAGCAAAGGCAAACGUCCUGGAGAAUCCAGUAGUCCUGCUGGAGUAGGGGCCCCUAAACGCAGGCGCUGUAUGUCUCCGCUGCUUCGGCUAGGACGGGCAUACAUGCCUCCUAAAACACCACCCAGAUCUCAAGAUAGUGAUCACACAGAAUCGGCUGAUCACAUCGCCAACCAUGUCGAGGCAAACUGCAACUCAGACAUGGAGCCGAGUCCUGUGCCUGAGUCUGAACCGAUCCAGCAGAGGAACCACCUUCAGCUGGAUGAGGAUGAGGACCAGCAGGACAGAGUGCAGGAGAACGGCCAGUCCAGCGAUAGUGAGUUGUCUCUGGGCAGCGAGGGUGAAGAGGAGGCUCCACACCGCUACCCUUCCCCCUGCCAGCUGAAGAAGAUCCUAAACCAAGAGAGCCAGGAACUGAACUCUGAACUCCGAGCGCUCAUCACCAAGGAGAUCAGGAAGCCUGGCAGACGUUAUGAGAAAAUCUUUUACCUCCUUAAGCAAAUCCAGGGCAGUUUGGAAACUCGUCUAAUCUUCCUGCAGAGCAUAAUUAAAGAGGCUGCCAGGUUUAAGAAGAGGGUCUUGAUUGAACAGCUGGAGAACUUCUUAGAGGAGAUUCACUUAAGAGCCAACAGCAUGAAUCAUCUGGACGGUUUCUGAGCACUCCAUCUGUCCUGCUUGAAGGACUAGUAUCUGCACUAUUUAUGUAAUGUAAUUGGGGACUUGUGUGUCUCCAGUCUUUAUCAGUAUUGAAGCUGAUUUAUCAAUCAGGACUUGAUGGGAUGUUGCUAAACCUCAGGACCAGGGAAAAUGGGAAAAGUUGCUUUUUCUAUAACAAAUGGUCAUAAGCACGCACAGCUUUUUCUAUCCUUUUUUUUUUUUUUGUUUAAGGCAUUUUUCCCAUCUAAUUGUGCCAAAGAGAACUGGUUGAAUGGCACUGGCAUCCUCCUCAAGCAUUUGCAUUUUUGUAUUUCCUCCAUAGUUCCCUGUGACAUUUUGACACGUGGAAUUGAUCACUAAUAUAAACGUUUUACUUUCA